AUGGCUCAGCAGCGAGGCCCAGAGGACAGCACCCAGCACAGCAUCUUCACCUUCACCAACAGCAAUGCCACCCGAGGCCCCUUUGAAGGCCCCAAUUACCACAUCGCUCCCCGUUGGGUGUACCACGUCACCAGCGCCUGGAUGAUCUUCGUGGUAUUUGCCUCCGUCUUCACCAAUGGGCUGGUAUUGGCAGCCACCAUGCGUUUCAAGAAGCUGCGACACCCUCUCAACUGGAUCCUCGUCAACUUGGCUGUGGCUGACCUGGCAGAGACCCUCAUCGCCAGCACUAUCAGUGUCGUCAACCAGGUCUAUGGCUACUUCGUGCUGGGCCACCCCCUGUGCGUGCUGGAGGGCUACACGGUCUCCCUGUGCGGUAUCACGGGUCUCUGGUCCCUGGCCAUCAUUUCCUGGGAGAGGUGGCUGGUGGUGUGCAAGCCCUUUGGCAGCAUGAGGUUCGAUGCCAAAUUGGCCAUCGUGGGCAUCGCCUUUUCCUGGGUCUGGUCAGCUAUCUGGACGGCGCCGCCCAUCUUUGGUUGGAGCAGGUACUGGCCCCAUGGCCUGAAGACUUCAUGUGGCCCAGAUGUGUUCAGUGGCGAUUCGUACCCCGGAGUGCAGUCUUACAUGAUCGUCCUUAUGAUCACUUGCUGCAUCAUCCCGCUCGGUGUCAUCCUGUUCUGCUACCUGCAAGUGUGGCUGGCCAUCCGCGCAGUGGCCAAGCAGCAAAAGGAAUCCGAGUCGACCCAGAAGGCGGAGAAGGAGGUGACGCGCAUGGUGAUGGUGAUGGUUCUGGCCUACUGCGUGUGCUGGGGGCCCUACACCUUCUUCGCCUGCUUCGCCGCCGCCCACCCUGGCUAUGCCUUCCACCCCCUGGUGGCCGCCCUGCCAGCUUACUUUGCCAAAAGUGCCACCAUCUACAACCCCAUCAUCUAUGUUUUCAUGAACCGGCAGUUUCGGAACUGCAUCUUGCAGCUUUUUGGGAAGAAGGUGGAUGAUGGCUCAGAACUCUCCAGCGUCUCCAAAUCGGAGGCCACAUCUGUCUCCUCCGUCUCACCUGCCUGAGCCCCGCAACUCUGCACCACAGGGUCAGCCACCUACCAGCCCCAGAGCCCCCGCAGCGUCCACCCUGCCCCACUCGUCCUUCUCCACCCUUCAAAAGAAAUGGCAAAGAACCAGCACGUUUGCGAGGCGGCCACAGAGUCUGGGGGCUUGAGCUGCUAUAGUGUCCACGGGUUCAGGGGCUUCAGGGCCUAGUCUUUGCUCUGCACGGUGGGGUGCAGGCCCCACAGAAGGAACUGUGCUGUCGUGGGCUAACGCCUGCUUGGCAGAGCCCUGGGGUCCCUAGAGAAGAAUCUCUGGAACCCCGAGUGCCAGCAGGCACACGGGCGCGAGCUCAGCUGCUGGAAAGAGGCACCCGAGGAGAAUGCGAGCACCAGCACCACGAUGUGCAGCGUGAGGAGCUGCCUCCGUGCGCAGGGAUGAGCACUAGCUUUGCAGUUUGCUGAUGUGGUUCUGCAAAGCCUCGGCCUCCUGUGGAAACAAGCCUCAGUGCUGGGUGGGGCCAGAGGGGGCCAGAGGCACCUCGGGGGUGGACGAGAGCUGACCAAGGACAGGGACCCCGGGUACCGAUGUCCCCAGGAGGGAGAACCACACUCCCCAGUCCAGCUCGUCAUGGUGCCCUGGUGGCUCUCAGACACAUGGAGACCUGCGGCGGUGUCUCCUCCUGAUCUGCUCACCCAGCUCUCCCUGGCCCUCUUGUAUGACAGAUCAAUCAAGGUCUGCUCAGUCCACACCAAGGUCUGUCUGUGGCACAACCUCUCCAUGUCGCCCUGCAGGUGCUGAUCUGCCCCUCUUCCAUUGACGCUUGUCCCCAGGUGGUUUUUGGGGACAGAGACCAAAGCAGGUGUCCCGAGUCGCCCUGUGCCAGCUCAUGUGUAGCCCACACGGGUUCAGACCCUGACUUCCUCCCCUGUCUCCAAGAUCCUGUGUGCCUGUCACCUUCUGAGCAGCGUCAGCUUGAGAUUCUUUCCCUCAACUGCUCUUCUGUAACCAUCAUCGCACUAGACCCCCAGGUGGACUUCCUUCCACAUA